GGUGCCUGCCUCUCUCCCUGAACUAGGUGGUGCGUCUGCCAGAAGAGGAGCUAUGUUUGAAGAGCAGCCUACUCCACCCCUCUCCUCUCUGGUCCCUGAACACCACCACACACUGGCAUUUUGAAAAAAAUAUUUUCCUCCAGGAACUGAGCACCCCCAAGCCCUACCCCCCGUUUUUUUUUUCUUCUUCUUGAGGAAUGGAGCUUCGCAGAGGUUGUGUUUAGAUUCAACAGUUCACAGCGGCGGGCUGCUGCUGCCGCCUCUCCGAAGAGCUCGCGGAGCUCCGCAGAGGCGGUGGUCCCGGUGCCUGUCUGGAUGCGGCUCUGAGUCUCCGUGUGUCUUUCUGCUUGUUGCUGUGUGCGGGUGUUCGGCCGCGAUCACCUUUGUGUGUCUUCUGUCUGUUUAAACUUCAGGAUGGCUCGCUUCGGGGAGGCGGUGGUCGCCAGGCCGGGGUCCGGCGAUGGAGACUCGGACCAGAGCAGGAACCGGCAAGGAACCCCCGUGCUGGGCUCGGGGCAGGCGGCCGCCUACAAGCAGACGAAAGCGCAGAGGGCGCGGACUAUGGCUUUGUACAACCCCAUUCCCGUCCGGCAGAACUGUUUCACCGUCAACAGAUCCCUGUUCAUCUUCGGAGAAGAUAACAUUGUCAGGAAAUAUGCCAAGAAGCUCAUCGAUUGGCCGCCAUUUGAGUACAUGAUCCUGGCCACCAUCAUUGCCAACUGCAUCGUCCUGGCCCUGGAGCAGCAUCUUCCUGAGGACGACAAGACCCCCAUGUCCCGAAGACUGGAAAAGACAGAACCUUAUUUCAUUGGGAUCUUUUGCUUUGAAGCUGGGAUCAAAAUUGUGGCCCUGGGGUUCAUCUUCCAUAAGGGCUCAUACCUCCGCAAUGGCUGGAAUGUCAUGGACUUCAUCGUGGUCCUCAGUGGCAUCCUGGCCACUGCGGGAACCCACUUCAACACUCAUGUGGACCUGAGGACCCUCCGGGCUGUGCGUGUCCUGCGGCCCUUGAAGCUCGUGUCAGGGAUACCUAGCCUGCAGAUUGUUUUGAAGUCCAUCAUGAAGGCCAUGGUACCUCUUCUGCAGAUUGGCCUUCUACUCUUCUUUGCCAUCCUGAUGUUUGCUAUUAUUGGCUUGGAGUUCUACAGUGGGAAGUUACAUCGAGCAUGCUUCAUGAACAAUUCAGGUAUUCUAGAAGGAUUUGACCCCCCUCACCCAUGUGGCGUGCAGGGCUGCCCAGCUGGUUAUGAAUGCAAGGACUGGAUCGGCCCCAAUGAUGGGAUCACCCAGUUUGAUAACAUCCUUUUUGCUGUGCUGACUGUCUUCCAGUGCAUCACCAUGGAAGGGUGGACCACCGUGUUGUACAACACCAAUGAUGCCUUAGGAGCCACCUGGAAUUGGCUGUACUUCAUCCCCCUCAUCAUCAUUGGAUCCUUCUUUGUUCUCAACCUAGUCCUGGGAGUGCUUUCCGGGGAGUUUGCCAAAGAGAGAGAGAGAGUGGAGAACCGAAGGGCUUUCAUGAAACUGCGACGCCAGCAGCAGAUUGAGCGUGAGCUGAAUGGCUACCGUGCCUGGAUAGACAAAGCAGAGGAAGUCAUGCUCGCUGAAGAAAAUAAAAAUGCUGGAACAUCUGCCUUAGAAGUGCUUCGAAGGGCAACCAUCAAGAGGAGCCGGACAGAGGCCAUGACCCGAGACUCCAGCGAUGAGCACUGUGUUGAUAUCUCCUCUGUGGGCACACCUCUGGCCCGAGCCAGUAUCAAAAGUGCAAAGGUAGACGGGGUCUCUUAUUUCCGGCACAAGGAAAGGCUUCUGCGCAUCUCCAUUCGCCACAUGGUUAAAUCCCAAGUGUUUUACUGGAUUGUGCUGAGCCUUGUAGCACUCAACACUGCCUGUGUGGCCAUUGUCCAUCACAACCAGCCCCAGUGGCUCACCCACCUCCUCUACUAUGCAGAAUUUCUGUUUCUGGGACUCUUCCUCUUGGAGAUGUCCCUGAAGAUGUAUGGCAUGGGGCCUCGCCUUUAUUUUCACUCUUCAUUCAACUGCUUUGAUUUUGGGGUCACAGUGGGCAGUAUCUUUGAAGUGGUCUGGGCAAUCUUCAGACCUGGUACGUCUUUUGGAAUCAGUGUCUUGCGAGCCCUCCGGCUUCUAAGAAUAUUUAAAAUAACCAAGUAUUGGGCUUCCCUGCGGAAUUUGGUGGUCUCCUUGAUGAGCUCAAUGAAGUCGAUCAUCAGUUUACUUUUCCUCCUCUUCCUCUUCAUCGUUGUCUUUGCUCUCCUAGGAAUGCAGUUAUUUGGUGGCAGGUUUAACUUUAAUGAUGGGACUCCUUCGGCAAAUUUUGACACCUUCCCUGCAGCCAUCAUGACUGUGUUCCAGAUCCUGACGGGUGAGGACUGGAAUGAGGUGAUGUACAAUGGGAUCCGCUCCCAGGGCGGGGUCAGCUCAGGCAUGUGGUCCGCCAUCUACUUCAUUGUGCUCACCUUGUUUGGCAACUACACGCUACUGAAUGUGUUCUUGGCUAUCGCUGUAGAUAAUCUGGCCAACGCCCAGGAGCUGACCAAGGAUGAACAGGAGGAAGAAGAGGCCUUCAACCAGAAACAUGCACUGCAGAAGGCCAAGGAGGUCAGCCCGAUGUCUGCACCCAACAUGCCUUCGAUCGAAAGAGACAGAAGGAGAAGACACCACAUGUCGAUGUGGGAGCCACGCAGCAGCCACCUGAGGGAGCGGAGGCGCCGGCACCACAUGUCUGUGUGGGAGCAGCGCACCAGCCAGCUGAGGAAGCACAUGCAGAUGUCCAGCCAGGAGGCCCUCAACAGGGAGGAGGCGCCGCCCAUGAACCCACUCAACCCCCUCAACCCACUCAGCCCCCUCAACCCACUCAACACACACCCCAGCCUUUAUCGGAGACCCAGGGCCAUCGAGGGCCUGGCCCUGGGCCUGGCCCUGGAGAAGUUCGAGGAGGAGCGCAUCAGCCGUGGGGGGUCCCUCAAGGGGGAUGGAGGGGACCGAUCCAGUGCCCUGGACAACCAGAGGACCCCCUUGUCCCUGGGCCAGCGGGAGCCGCCGUGGCUGGCCAGGCCCUGUCAUGGGAACUGUGACCCGACUCAGCAGGAGGCGGGGGGAGGAGAGGCUGUGGUGACCUUUGAGGACCGGGCCAGGCACAGGCAGAGCCAGCGGCGCAGCCGGCAUCGCCGCGUCAGGACGGAAGGCAAGGAGUCCUCCUCAGCCUCUCGGAGCAGGUCUGCUAGCCAGGAACGCAGUCUGGAUGAAGCCAUGCCCACUGAAGGGGAGAAGGAUCCUGAGCUCAGGGGCAACCAUGGUGCCAAGGAGCCAACGAUCCAAGAAGAGAGAGCCCAGGAUUUAAGGAGGACCAACAGUCUGAUGGUGUCCAGAGGCUCCGGGCUGGCAGGAGGCCUUGAUGAGGCCAAUGCCCCCUUAGUCCUGCCCCAUCCUGAGCUGGAAGUGGGGAAGGACAUGGUGCCGACGGAGCAGGAGCCGGAAGGUAGCAGUGAGCAGGCCCUGCUGGGGGAUGUGCAGCUAGACAUGGGCCGGGUCAUCAGCCAGAGUGAGCCCGACCUCUCCUGCAUCACGGCCAACACGGACAAGGCCACCACCGAGAGCACCAGCGUCACUGUCGCCAUCCCCGACGUGGACCCCUUGGUGGACUCAACCGUGGUGCACAUUAGCAACAAGACGGAUGGGGAAGCCAGUCCCUUGAAGGAGGCAGAGAUCAGAGAGGAUGAGGAGGAGGUGGAGAAUAAGAAGCAGAAGAAGGAGAAGCGCGAGACAGGCAAAGCCAUGGUGCCCCACAGCUCCAUGUUCAUCUUCAGCACCACCAACCCGAUCCGGAGGGCCUGCCACUACAUCGUGAACCUGCGCUACUUUGAGAUGUGCAUCCUCCUGGUGAUUGCAGCCAGCAGCAUCGCCCUGGCAGCAGAGGACCCCGUCCUGACCAACUCAGAGCGCAACAAAGUCCUGAGGUAUUUUGACUAUGUGUUCACGGGCGUGUUCACCUUUGAGAUGGUUAUAAAGAUGAUAGACCAAGGCUUGAUCCUGCAGGACGGGUCCUACUUCCGAGACCUGUGGAACAUCCUGGACUUUGUGGUGGUCGUUGGUGCAUUGGUGGCCUUUGCUCUGGCGAACGCUUUGGGAACCAACAAAGGACGGGACAUCAAGACCAUCAAGUCUCUGCGGGUGCUCCGAGUUCUCAGGCCACUGAAAACCAUCAAGCGCUUGCCCAAGCUCAAGGCUGUCUUCGACUGCGUGGUGACCUCCUUGAAGAAUGUCUUCAACAUACUCAUUGUCUACAAGCUCUUCAUGUUCAUCUUUGCUGUCAUCGCAGUUCAGCUCUUCAAGGGAAAGUUCUUUUAUUGCACGGACAGUUCCAAGGACACAGAGAAGGAGUGCAUAGGCAACUAUGUAGAUCAUGAGAAAAACAAGAUGGAGGUGAAGGGCCGGGAAUGGAAGCGCCAUGAAUUCCACUACGACAACAUUAUCUGGGCCCUGCUGACCCUCUUCACCGUCUCCACGGGGGAAGGAUGGCCUCAAGUUCUGCAGCACUCUGUAGAUGUGACAGAGGAAGACCGAGGCCCAAGCCGCAGCAACCGCAUGGAGAUGUCUAUUUUUUAUGUGGUCUACUUUGUGGUCUUCCCUUUCUUCUUCGUCAAUAUCUUUGUGGCUCUCAUCAUCAUCACCUUCCAGGAGCAAGGGGAUAAGAUGAUGGAGGAGUGCAGCCUGGAGAAGAAUGAGAGGGCGUGCAUCGACUUCGCCAUCAGCGCCAAACCUCUCACCCGCUACAUGCCGCAGAACAGGCACACCUUCCAGUACCGCGUGUGGCACUUUGUGGUGUCUCCGUCCUUCGAAUACACCAUUAUGGCCAUGAUCGCCUUGAAUACCGUCGUGCUGAUGAUGAAGUAUUACUCUGCUCCCUGUACCUAUGAGCUGGCCCUGAAGUACCUGAAUAUCGCCUUCACCAUGGUGUUUUCCCUGGAAUGCGUCCUGAAGGUCAUCGCUUUUGGCUUUUUGAACUAUUUCCGAGACACCUGGAAUAUCUUUGACUUCAUCACCGUGAUUGGCAGUAUAACAGAAAUUAUCCUGACAGACAGCAAGCUGGUGAACACCAGUGGUUUCAAUAUGAGCUUUCUGAAGCUCUUCCGAGCUGCCCGCCUCAUAAAGCUUCUGCGUCAGGGCUAUACCAUACGCAUUUUGCUGUGGACCUUUGUGCAGUCUUUUAAGGCCCUCCCUUACGUCUGCCUUUUAAUUGCCAUGCUUUUCUUCAUUUAUGCCAUCAUUGGGAUGCAGGUAUUUGGAAACAUAAAAUUAGAUGAGGAGAGUCACAUCAACCGGCACAACAACUUCCGGAGUUUCUUUGGGUCCCUAAUGCUACUCUUCAGGAGUGCCACAGGUGAGGCCUGGCAGGAGAUUAUGCUGUCAUGCCUCGGGGAGAAGGGCUGUGAGCCUGACACCACCGCACCCUCAGGGCAGAACGAGAACGAGCGCUGCGGCACCGAUCUGGCCUACGUGUACUUUGUCUCCUUCAUCUUCUUCUGCUCCUUCUUGAUGCUCAACCUGUUCGUGGCCGUCAUCAUGGACAACUUUGAGUACCUGACUCGGGACUCCUCCAUCCUGGGGCCUCACCACUUGGACGAGUUUGUCCGCGUCUGGGCAGAAUAUGACCGAGCAGCAUGUGGCCGCAUCCAUUACACUGAGAUGUAUGAAAUGCUGACUCUCAUGUCACCUCCGCUAGGCCUCGGCAAGAGAUGUCCCUCCAAAGUGGCAUAUAAGAGGUUGGUCCUGAUGAACAUGCCAGUAGCUGAGGACAUGACGGUCCACUUCACCUCCACACUUAUGGCUUUGAUCCGGACAGCUCUGGACAUUAAAAUUGCCAAAGGUGGUGCAGACAGGCAGCAGCUAGACUCAGAGCUACAAAAGGAGACCCUAGCCAUCUGGCCUCACCUAUCCCAGAAGAUGCUGGAUCUGCUUGUGCCCAUGCCCAAAGCCUCUGACCUGACUGUGGGCAAAAUCUAUGCAGCAAUGAUGAUCAUGGACUACUAUAAGCAGAGUAAGGUGAAGAAGCAGAGGCAGCAGCUGGAGGAACAGAAAAAUGCCCCCAUGUUCCAACGCAUGGAGCCCUCAUCUCUGCCUCAGGAGAUCAUUGCUAAUGCCAAAGCCCUGCCUUACCUCCAGCAGGACCCCGUUUCAGGCCUGAGUGGCCGGAGUGCAUACCCUUCGAUGAGUCCACUCUCUCCCCAGGAGAUAUUCCAGUUGGCUUGUAUGGACCCCGCCGAUGAUGGACAGUUCCAGGAACAGCAGUCUCUGGAGCCAGAGGUUAGUGAAUUAAAAAGCGUGCAGCCCUCUAACCAUGGCAUCUACCUUCCUUCGGACACCCAGGAGCAUGCGGGAUCUGGGAGGGCAUCCUCUAUGCCACGUCUGACUGUGGAUCCCCAGGUGGUGACAGACCCCAGCUCCAUGAGACGUUCAUUUUCCACUAUUCGGGAUAAGCGUUCAAAUUCCUCGUGGUUGGAGGAAUUCUCCAUGGAGCGAAGCAGUGAAAAUACCUACAAGUCCCGUCGCCGGAGUUACCACUCCUCCUUGCGGCUGUCAGCCCACCGCCUGAACUCUGAUUCAGGCCACAAGUCCGACAGUCACCGCUCAGGGGGCAGGGAGCGAGGACGAUCAAAAGAGCGAAAGCAUCUUCUCUCUCCUGAUGUCUCCCGCUGCAAUUCAGAAGAGCGAGGGACCCAGGCUGACUGGGAGUCCCCAGAGCGCCGUCAAUCCAGGUCACCCAGUGAGGGCAGGUCACAGACGCCCAACAGACAGGGCACAGGUUCCCUAAGUGAGAGCUCCAUCCCCUCUGUCUCUGACACCAGCACCCCAAGAAGAAGUCGUCGGCAGCUCCCGCCCGUCCCACCAAAGCCCCGGCCCCUCCUUUCCUACAGCUCCCUGAUUCGACACGCAGGCAGCAUCUCUCCACCUGCUGAUGGAAGCGAGGAGGGCUCCCCGCUGACCUCCCAAGCCCUGGAGAGCAACAACGCUUGCCUGACCGAGUCUUCCAACUCCCCGCACCCCCAGCAGAGCCAACAUGCCUCCCCGCAGCGCUACAUCUCCGAGCCCUACUUGGCCCUGCACGAAGACUCCCACGCCUCAGACUGUGGCGAGGAGGAGACGCUCACUUUUGAAGCAGCCGUGGCUACUAGCCUGGGCCGUUCCAACACCAUUGGCUCGGCCCCACCUCUGCGGCACAGCUGGCAGAUGCCCAAUGGGCACUAUCGGCGACGGAGGCGCGGGGGGCCUGGGCCAGGCAUGAUGUGUGGGGCUGUCAACAACCUGCUAAGUGACACGGAAGAAGACGACAAAUGCUAGAGGCUGCUCCCCCCUCCGAUGCAUGCUCUUCUCCCACAUGGAGAAAACCAAGACAGAAUUGGGAAGCCAGUGCGGCCCGGGGGGGGCGGAAGAGGGAAAAGGAAGAUGGAAAGACACCAUGCAUUAUCAGAGAAGAGGAAGUAAAGGACAAUCGGAACACCAAACCCACCAAAUUGCUUUAUUCCCCUUUGCAAGAUGGGCACUGCCAUAGUUCUGCCUCUUUGCUGGGGAAAGAAAACAGGAACGUGGAGGGUUAUUCCUGCAGGAGAAGGGACACGAGGAUGGCUUUGCUUCCCCUUGCCCCUUCCCACUUUUCUAAAAGCUGUGGAGGGAUCUAGCUGGCCUAUGUCUACACUCAGUGCCCUGAGAAGCCUGGAAGACUUUCUGGCUCUUAACUGGGGAGUAGUGGAGACCAUAGGAGAGGACUCUCCUCCCUCACCAGCUCUUACGCCUCAGCCAGCACCACUGCCACCAGGGCAACGCAGCAGCAUCUCAUGCAUAACCCUGUGGCUUUCUUCCCCCAGGGCAGCACAGGCUACGUCAGGAACAUCGGAUACCAGGGAGGGAGGAGAAAGCCAAAGCGAAAGGGGUCAGUGUGCUGAGGCAACAGCAGCAAGGGCUGGUCUGGAUAAGAAAAGCCAUAGCCCGGCAGCCCCUACCAUGAGGGAGACGGUCAGAGAAACUGGUGGUGCUGGGGGGUAUGGCCCCCCAUCCUUGAGGCCUGUCACUCACAGUAGGUGCUGAGAGUUAGUUAGGACAGGUCAGGAAGUUCCCCAGGGUCCACAAAGGUGCCUAAGGCUCUGGUAAGGGUGAAGGUAAAAGUAUUUAACAACUGCUGUGGCAUCAAUAUAAGUGGAGUUUUGUUGUAGUGCUGGAGCCCACGCUGUUCCAGGCAUUGGCUCUUUAGAUGCCAGUCAUGGGGGAACCCUGAGAAUGUGGGUAGAGUAACAGGGGCCACCUAAGGGACUCAAAACAGAGUCUGUUUUCUAACCAGUGUGGGAACAAUUAAAUAUGCGCAACAGUGCUACGGCCACACCAGCACCUCCUGGCUGAAUGUCAGCCCACACUCUGGUCCGUGAGGCAGCAAGGCCAGUGCUGUGCCAAGCCCAAUAAGGCCAAGUGCCAGAGGCCCAGCCUUCCCUGCCACUCCUCUGAGAGGGCAGAACACACAUAUCCAAGUAGGCUACCCACCACUGGGUAGGGACUUCUGUAAAGAUGGGAAAGGCGGAUAGAUUGAAAUAAGCUUCUAGGAAAGUCUGGAUUUACUGAGGACCUCCCAUGAGGCAGGACCAUUGGGACCACAGCGUCUGCAGCUGGUGUGGGGUUCAGGUCAGUUUGUCAGGAUGCUUUAAGGUGAUUAGUAAAUAUACCUCAGCUUAGACCUGGGCUGCUCCUUCUAGUAAAGCGGGCUCCAGUGGGGCCUCAUCAUACAGGAUGACAAGACUGGGACCCUGGUCACCUUGAAUAUUCCCCUGGGCCAAGAUGGGGCUUCACCCCUCCCCAGAGUAAGAGCUGGGGCUGACAGUCCCACCCUGUCAUUCCUAACUGCCCAAAUGCAGAAGCACUGAGCAAGAGAGCCCUUUCUUGCCAAGCCAGUGCUCUUUUGGUACAUGGCAUACAGCUCCAUUGGAGGGCACACAUCACUGGCUUUAUCUGGUGGAAAUGUACCUUUCCCUUAAGUUCCUCUUUAGUGCCAUCACAGCAGGGGAAAGGACGGGGCCCUCCUUCCCCCCCACCCCCACAGGAACACAUGGAGCCUGCCACCCAGGAUCCUGAUCUGCCCUGCACUGAGCACUCAGUGGAUAAACACUCCUCCAGCCCAGACACACUCCUCCUCUUGGGCAGGAGAAAUCCAGAGCUGUUAUUUUUCUUAGAAGGAGCCUCUUUUCCCCCUAUUUUUAAAAUUGAAAUAUAAUAGCUGUAUCAGCCCUGAAAAGCCAAAUUCAACCACAUGGCUGGAGAAUCAUUUGUCAUGGCCCCGCCUUCUCUUCUGAUACUGAUGGAGCUUCAUGACCCAUGGUCAGCCCCCAAACCAAAGCUGUCCCAACAGAGGAGGCCAGUGAGGCAGAGACAGAGCUCUCCCACUCAGACCCUCUUUCAUCUUCAUUUUCCUCUCCCACUUAGCACGUGUGUGCUUGAGGGUGGCUGGGAAUGUGAUAUACAGUACCCGAUCCUAACAGGUGUGAUUAUUACAUAAGACGCUGAUGCUGGGCCUUGUUUUGUUUUUAAAGUUUCCUCUGCUCAGUGUCAUUUCAUGCCAAAGUGCUGCUAUGGGCUGCUUUGUGUGUACGAAAUUGCUUUUUCCACUUUGGAAAUGCAGCUUUCCCUAGGGGAAGGCCUACAACAGGACGACUAUUCUGAGCCAGCGAGUCUAUUGCAUGGUGUUUUGAGAAAGGGAAUUGUAGUGAUACCUUAUGCCAUUUCAACAGGAGAAAUGCAGGCUGGCAGAGCAAUUCCCAGAAAUGGAAUUUGCCUGCAAGUAGUAUAAACAAACACUACAUUUACUGUGCCAGGAAACCUUCCUGAACUCCUUGAACUCAUAUACACAAGUAUUUGAGUCCUGAAUAAAGUGUUGGAAGCACUGCAGAUGUGGUCACCUGACUGACCACCUGGUUUUUCUAUUACCAGUGAAUUUCUUUUAUUCACCUUCCCUUGACCAAGAAAUUGGGUUUCUUUUCCCUCAGCCUGCACUUACUCUUCUAUUAAGACCAGAAAAUAAAAUUUUCUGUUGAGUCACAAACAUCAUCAUGUUUGGUUUUCUGCUGCCUCUGAACAAAAGUGAAUGCCAGCCUUCCCUUGCUAGGUGUCAGAGCCUGCCUCCCUUGAAAAGAGGCCCACGUAGACCCCAACACCUGUUCUUUUCUCUGGUUAAUUACAGCAGCGUCUUGAAAAAUUCCAUGCAAAAGAAGACUACAACCAGUGUUUGAGAUACACCACAAGAUCAAAUUUGGGCACUGGCGGUCCCCUCAGAAGACUCUUGAGUCAUAUGUUCAGUUUAUCUUGCUAAUAUGUGACUCGUCUUCACCAUCUCCUCAAAACAGAGUGAAGCCACGAUAGAGGAAGGUAAAAGGAGAAAAGCAAACCAAGGCAGGGAGACGAUGUUCUAAGUAGAUUGGCGUUUAGAUAUCCCUCAUUUCACUUAAGGCUCCAGACAGACUCCAGGUAGGGAAUGCAUGUCUGUCUCUUUCUCUGUAUCUUUCUCUGUGUCUGUCUCUCCAUCUCCUAGAGGACAAAGUGCCAGCGACCUUUGGACAGGGGCAGGGCUCCAGCCAAGGUGCCCCUGAGCCAGGGUCAGCAUAGAAUUUCCUGCCCCGUGAAGGGCUGGCGCUGGCUAGCAUCCCCUUGGCUCCACGUGAGUCAUGAACACAAUUGUCAGUGGGGGUCUGUGCUGCUCUUCUAGCUGAAGAAUCUGUUUUUCUUCUGGGCUUCACUUGUAGUCCCCACUCAGUGUCUCCAUAGGGCACUGAGAUCACCAAGAACACUGCCCAGAAGCUAAACUCCAGAUGUUCUAGAUUUUGACCUCCCUUGACUCUGGGGUCACAAAGAGAAGACCCCAUAAUCCACCUCUCAGCCACUAUCUCCCUUCCCUGCACAGAUUCCCCCCAACCCCAUAGAGUCUAUGUGGUGAGCAUGAGGGUCGUCUUCCCUCUGUUCUCCCAUCUCAGCCUCCGUUUUGCUGCAUGUUAGCACUGAUCCAACUCCUGAUUAAUUCCACCCAAUCCAAGCUUAUUGGCUUGCCUGACUGAUGCCACCAGUCUCUCACCUAUUGGGGAAUGCUGCAUUCUAAUGAAAUAGGGUUUGGAACUCACCUGGUGCUCCUCGCAAGAUGACUGACACACAGUGUAGGGCGUGGGGGUGGACAUAAUGCUCACCCACUGGAUGAGCUCACGGCAGGAAAAUGAGGUCUCUCCUGGCAUAAUGGAACAAAAAUCUCAGAUAAUUUUGAUUUUUAAAAAGUUCUCAAUUUUUCAUUACAUCCUACUUCUCAGCCCUCUGGAUGUUUCAUUUUUUUGGGCAGAGUGUUUCUUUAGUGGGUGGGGCCAGGGACAGGUUGAGGGAUAUUUCUCAGCUCAUUUAUAAGAUGACAUAAAUAUUAUGAGAUUGUAUGUAAAGAAAAAGCAAAUGUAUAGCAGAAGGGGAGCAGAUAGCUACCUUUCAGGGAUUUUGAGACUUGAAGGAAUUUUUACUGCUAUUUUUGUUCAUCAGUUUCACGUCUGUUAUGUUUUGAGAUCCUCGGAAGCUUAGGGCUAGUAUAUGCCAAGAAUCCUGGUGAGAGGCGUUGCCAUGCCUUGGGGUGAAUUCUUCCCCACCAGCUCUCUCACCCAGCCUGCAAGUUCUUCCCUCAUAGAUCCCAGAGCAAUGGGCACCGUCCAGGAGGUAUAGGAGAGGACUUUAUGAUGCAGGAAAGAAGGAAGAAGUGGGUCCCUUGCAAGUCGCCAGAGAAUGAUGGUUUGACUCCAGAAAGAGUCUCUAUGGAAUCAGGUUCAGGUUUGGAUAACUUCUCUUUAAAAUAUCUCCACACUGAGACUCUUAUUUUAACAAAAUCCAAACAAAAUUAAUUAACUCAGGGCUUAUGACCUAACCUUUGUAAGAAGGUGAUCAAAGAGAUCCCACAUUAAUAAGCACUGCCCCAGCAGCUUUGCCUUUUUGUCUUUUGCUGUUUCUUUUCUGAACCUCCCUGUACAUCAUAGCCAGGUCUACCCCAAAUAGAGCAGCAGCUGAUGGCUUCUCUGCUGUCUGAGGAGGGAGGGCUUGGCUGCAGAGCUAUGGUGUUUUGUCAGCUGUUAGGUGCUACAGCCCACCCAGUCAGAGUACAUAGACAUAGCGCUUUAAGGGACAAAGGACAAAGAACAGAACUAUCUUUGCUUUCCGGAGGCCAUCUUUUUCUUUCCUUGAAUCCCUUCUGCUUUAAUCUUCUGAGGUGUAUGCAUCCCAGAGAGGUCACACCAAGCCAAAGAGACAAAUUCACAGAUUGUCCCAACCUACCCAAAGGGCCUCAAAAUCCUCUCUGAACAAAACUCAAGACAGUUGAGAAGUAUGAAUGGGGCUCAUAGCAAAGUCCAGUUGAUGGCUUUUGAGGCUAGGGCAUCCCCAAACUGCCCUUCUAUUUUUGUAGUUUUGCUUUCUUUUACCCACCCUCUCUCCGCAUGCUAUAAGUAGGGGAGUUAGAAUCUUGACCUUCUAAAUGCAAAAGGAGAUUUUAUAAUAAGCCAUGCUACCUAUAAAUACAUUAUUGAGGUUUGCAUUUUUAUUUUUGGAGGUAUGAAAGAGUUGAAUAGACCAAGUCAAAAGAGAUGUGGGGAUUUAUGUUUAUUUUUAUUUGUUUGGGGUUGUUUGGUUGGUGGCUGGGUUUCUUGUAACAGACCUAUUAUGGAAUAGUAAAGAAGGAUACCUUUGUGAUCUGCAAUGUUUCUGAAUCUGUUUCUCUUUAGGAAGUGAUUGCCAUCAAAUUUAGUGAUAUGAUAUUUGAGUCAAAAAUCUGAGGUUAUAGUACCACCUCUGUCGUUUCUCUCUGGUCUCCUUUUUGUCGUCUUUCUCCUUCUGUCUAAAUUGCCCUCUGUCUUUUCCUAAGGACGUAACAUAUAACCCAAAUUAAUGAAAAACUGCCCCAAAACUUCAUUGAAAGCCAAAGAGAUACAGAAUUUUUUCAGGACAUCUUUAACCAAUACAAAAUUUAUGUCUUAAUAAGAAGGUAAUUUUUACAAUAGUGUAGUAAUCUGAUAAAUGAAAACUAUUGGAAGUCAAUAGCUUUUUAUGUUCCAGCUUUCUGUAUUCAAACUUGUGCCUUCAGCAAGCAUCUCUUCACUUUCUUUCCCCUGUCAACUGAAAUUCUUUCCCCUGUCAACUGAAAUAUGAAUGUUUGGCUAACUCAUGAUGUAAAGUGUCUGUUAAGUUAAUAAUACAUAAUUUAAAGUACUUAGUCUCCACAAAGCAAUUUUAAAAAAAACUUUCACUUGUUAGAUCCCAUGAAGUACCUAUGAAAUUCUCAGUAUUGCUAUAAGCAUUUGAUUUUUUUUUAAGGAAACUUUCUGUUUAAUGGAAUCUGAAUCCAGGAUUUGCUUUAAUUUCACUCUGUUCUUCCCAUUUUCCCUUAUUCUUCUUGUUAUCCAAUUUUGAAGAAAACCUAGACUUUUUUUUUUCAAUCCAGAAAGUUGGGUUUUCAUGAUCUGAGCUUCCUUGUGUCACCUUCUCUUUGUGCAAACUUAAGCCAGUCAUAUAUCGUCACCCAGACAUAUUCUCCAACCCAGCACGGGAAAUCUGAACGAAUCUUUUCUCUUUUUGUCCUACAAGUUUGUCAGAGAUAAGAAUGGAUUGCUGUCUACAUUCUACAACCAGACCCUAGACUUUACACUAGGCUGUGCCACUUCCUCUUCACUUCACUCAGAGGAUGGCCCCAAAACUGAAAAGGAAAUGAAACCAUUCAAAUAUACCAAGUCUGAAUUUGACUUUAUUUGAUGACUCAGUUUUCCUUCGAGUACUCUGAUUGUUUUUAUGGCAAUGGCCUAUAUGGCACAAGAACCCAACACUUAAAGCAAAUCUGUUAAAUAUUUUUAUAAGGAAUGAGCAGGAAAAACAUACUCCAAAAUUUUAAAGUGCCAUUAAUCAAUAUUUAAAAAUAAAGGUACUAUGAAAUGAGGGCUAAACAAUGUAAUAUAACUGCCAGUUAAGGUAGACAGUAGUUGUGGUCUUAGUUACAUUUGAUAUGGAGUUGUAUAAUAUUAGGCAGAUCCCAGUGGAGUUAGUAAAAACAUAGGUAUUAAGUUUUAAUGGCUACCAACUGGGAUAUAUACUUAGCCUGCAGGCUGAACUUUUAGUCAGUGUUUUUCUAUCCUGGUGUUUUGUGAACCAGUCAAAAGUUAUACAGAGCCACCCCAACUGCUGCAAUUGCAGAGGAGCUUGCCUCUUGGUGAUAUUAGAGGGCAGUCCAACUCCACUCAAACUGAGUCCAAGAUUUGAAUUCACCCAGAAAAACAAAUGGAGGAGAAAAGCCUAAUUCACUAGAUGUGUUUGGCAUUUCAUGGCUGGGACAAUGGAGGGUAGGAAGACAAGCUGUAGAACAAAAGCAAAGUGAGGUAGAAAAUAACAGGUCCCAGAAGGGGACAGACUUACAGAUGUGUAACCUUGGAUCCUCUUUUUCACUUAAAUUAUGUGUAAACUUCUUAGCACAAGACUGGAUUCAGAGAAGUUCUUUCUGUUAAACUCACCUUGGGUAGUGGAUUUGAAGGCCUCAGAGGAUUAAUAGAUUCCCGAAAUUCUCUUCCAGACCUGAGAGAUGGAGAGAAAGAGGUUCUUGCUUUAAAGCAGCUCGAAGACAAUCUUUAUGACUUUAGCAACUCUUCAACAUAGUAGCACCAAUAAUGGAGAGAUUAUAUUAACUUCCUAGUGGUGAGAAUACCAUGGGAUGGGAGAAGGGCCAGUGAGUGGGACGGGGAUGAGCUUCAUCAGGAACAGAUUUCAGACUCUGCAGGGUGCACCGGUUCUAGCCUCAAAUAACAACAUUGCAAGGAGGUGGACUACAGGGUCCACACCCUCUGUCCUUUGGGGCCCAUGGUCAGGCCAUUCCCUCUUUGUUUUGCUCCUAGAGGAUGAGCAUGUAAUAUGAGAUCAGGAGGGAAAUUGGGUGCUCUGCCUCAGGCUGUUAAAAUGCUGCUACCUGCAUUCUAAAACAUGCAAGUCAUGCCCCACAAGACACCUCCUUAGGGCAGCAUCCACUGUGGUGUGCCAGCCUGACACCCCUGCAGUCACAGUGUUUGAAUGGCAGCUGAUGCUGGCCCACCCAGAGUAUCGGUGCAUCUCUCCUAAAGCCACAGUUCAGCACUGCAUGUUGACCAGGCGGAUAUCCUGUAAUAUAGAUGCUCGUUUGGAUCCAAAAGGAAAACCAUUAAAAAUAAAAGAAAGAUGAAAAACUUUAAUGUUUUGGGGGGGAUAAAAGAAAAGAAUAAAUAAAACCUUGUUGUAAAGAA